CCCCCUGAAGACCCUGUGAUUGUGGGGGCCCCCGUGGUAAGCCUAAGGGCCGGCGACCCCCUCAACCUGACAUGCCACGCCGACAAUUCCAAGCCUGCUGCCUCGAUCAUCUGGAUCCGCAACGGGCAGGUCCUGAAUGGCGCCAUGUACUCUAAGGUAUGGAGGGGUUGCAUUUUUGUCCCCGCCCCAGUUUUAUCAUUUCACUGUAGACUGGGUAUGGUUUGGGCUAGUUUUGAUUGAUCUCUGUGCUGAACUGACUCUUUCAAAAGGACAGCUCUAUUUGUAUGUAUUGGAGCGAAUUCAUGGGUAGCCCCGACCGGGACUCAAACCUGGGUCCAACGACUACCAACGGAACAGCUUAGCCAUUACACCAAGAAAUUCAAACUGGAUUCAGGUCGCUACACUAUCCCCUUCCUACAAAAAGAGCGCCCCACGCUUCUUUAUCUCAAGUCCCUCAUUCCCAGGCUUGCCUUUGAUGGCCUCACAGUAGCGUCACCCCACUUCUGACACCAAUGUAUAGAAUUCAGGGGGUUGCUCUGACCAGAACUGCAGCAAAUGUCAAAGCAACCUUUCCACUUCACUGUGCUGUAUGUAUGUAGGUAUGUACAGUGGGGAAAAAAGGUAUUUAGUCAGCCACCAAUUGUGCAAAUUCUCCCACUUAAAAAGAUGAGAGAGGCCUGUAAUUUUCAUCAUAGGUACACGUCAACUAUGACAGACAAAAUGAGGAAAAAAAAUCCGGAAAAUCACAUUGUAGGAUUUUUAAUGAAUUUAUUUGCAAAUUAUGGUGGAAAAUAAGUAUUUGGUCAAUAACAAAAGUUUCUCAAUACUUUGUUAUAUACCCUUUGUUGGCAAUGACACAGGUCAAACGUUUUCUGUAAGUCUUCACAAGGUUUUCACACACUGUUGCUGGUAUUUUGGCCCAUUCCUCCAUGCAGAUCUCAUCUAGAGCAGUGAUGUUUUGGGGCUGUCGCUGGGCAACACAGACUUUCAACUCCCUCCAAAGAUUUUCUAUGGGGUUGAGAUCUGGAGACUGGCUAGGCCACUCCAGGACCUUGAAAUGCUUCUUACGCGAAGCCACUCCUUCUUUGCUCGGGCAGUGUGUUUGGGAUCAUUGUCAUGCUGAAAGACCCAGCCACGUUUCAUCUUCAAUGCCCUUGCUGAUGGAAGGAGGUUUUCACUCAAAAUCUCACGAUACAUGGCCCCAUUCAUUCUUUCCUUUACACGGAUCAGUUGUCCUGGUCCCUUUGCAGAAAAACAGCCCCAAAGCAUGAUGUUUCCACCCCCAUGCUUCACAGUAGGUAUGGUGUUCUUUGGAUGCAACUCAGCAUUCUUUGUCCUCCAAACACGACGAGUUGAGUUUUUACCAAAAAGUUAUAUUUUGGUUUCAUCUGACCAUAUGACAUUCUCCCAAUCCUCUUCUGGAUCAUCCAAAUGCACUCUAGCAAACUUCUGACGGGCCUGGACAUGUACUGGCUUAAGCAGGGGGACAUGUCUGGCACUGCAGGAUUUGAGUCCCUGGCGGCGUAGUGUGUUACUGAUGGUAGGCUUUGUUACUUUAGUCCCAGCUCUCUGCAGGUCAUUCACUAGGUCCCCCCGUGUGGUUCUGGGAUUUUUGCUCACCGUUCUUGUGAUCAUUUUGACCCCACGGGGUGAGAUCUUGCGUGGAGCCCCAGAUCGAGGGAGAUUAUCAGUGGUCUUGUAUGUCUUCCAUUUCCUAAUAAUUGCUCCCACAGUUGAUUUCUUCAAACCAAGCUGCUUACCUAUUGCAGAUUCAGUCUUCCCAGCCUGGUGCAGGUCUACAAUUUUGUUUCUGGUGUCAUUUGACAGCUCUUUGGUCUUGGCCAUAGUGGAGUUUGGAGUGUGACUGUUUGAGGUUGUGGACAGGUGUCUUUUAUACUGAUAACAAGUUCAAACAGGUGCCAUUAAUACAGGUAACGAGUGGAGGACAGAGGAGCCUCUUAAAGAAGAAGUUACAGGUCUGUGAGAGCCAGAAAUCUUGCUUGUUUGUAGGUGACCAAAUACUUAUUUCCCACCAUAAUUUGCAAAUAAAUUCAUAAAAAAUCCUACAAUGUGAUUUUCUGGAGAAAAAAAAUCUCAAUUUGUCUGUCAUAGUUGACGUGUACCUAUGAUGAAAAUUACAGGCCUCUCUCAUCUUUUUAAGUGGGAGAACUUGCACAAUUGGUGGCUGACUAAAUACUUUUUUCCCCCACUGUAUUAUUAUACUUAAAGUACAAGACAUAAAUCUAGAUAUGUUGUACUCACUAAAGAAUAUAAUAAUAAUAUGAAAUUAAGUUUGCAUAAAUAAAUUGAUUGUGCACUUCAAAUGUGUCCUUUGGCCCUUGAUAAGAGGUGUGCUCUCUCCUCUUCAUAUCUUCCUCUCUGCUCCUGCCUUCCAUUCCUCCACACAGCUGUCCUAAAAAAGGCCUCGCUCCGUCAGUUUAAUGACAGCUGAGAUUUCUUAUUUGAUCCAUAGGGCAAGAUGGAGAACUCAUGUUGUGCAUUCAACAUGACGAAAAAAGUGAAAGCAUUCCAUCACUCUACAUUAUGGAUGUGUUCUUGGUCAAUUUGUUCACUUUGUCAGCCCUGGGUAGGAAACUGAGAAAGUGAGAGGCGCAUUUAAAGGAGCGGUCCCAUGACAAUCUCACAGUGUAAUUUUGCUUGUUCCGGGGUGAGCCUAACCCAAACAAACCCACUGGAGAGCGCUCCCUUCACUCAAUAUAAGCCCAUAAAUUAGACAGAGGCAAGCCACUUAGACGUGUUUAUUAUUGUAUCAGGAUUUGGAGGGGCAGUGUAUAGUUACUUUGUAAGUACUUAGUAUCAACAUCUGUAUAUCACAUUUGAUAUGUAUCACAUAAUUAAAAUUUUAGUAAUUUAGCAGAUGCUCAUAUCCAGAGCGACUUACAGGAUUAAUUAAGGUUAAAUGCUCAAGGACACAUCUUUCAGUUCGGAGAUUCGAAUCAGCAACCUUUCAGUUACUGACCCAAUGCUCUUAACCGCUAGGCUACCUGCCACCCAUCAUGUCAUAUUAUUUACAUGUCACAUUGUUAGGAUGUAAAGUAUUUUUGAUUCUUCUCAAUCUGGUAACAGCUCCAUUUAAAUGCAUCAGGAAUGUUUUGGAUACAGGGAACCAAUAUGUUUCAUCUUUAUCCAAUGAUGAGGCUGGGUUUUGGAUUCACAUACUUUGAGUCAGAUCAUGACUUGAUGUGGCAUAUAAAGGCAUGCAGAUUGAGAAGGCAAACGAUAGUGAGACGACUGGUUCCAUCUGUCCAGUAUGACAUGCAGGUUGACGUGUAUUGGGAUGAGUCUUGUCCUGGAGGCAGAACUAAGUGAUUUCCGCUAAAUAGGCCAGCUGCAAAGUCAAAAUUGGCUAUAUUGUGCAAAUUCAUGAAAACAAAAAAUUUAUUUAAGGUUAGGGUUAGGUAUUAGGGUUAUCAGUGUGGUUAGGGUUAAGGUUAGGGUUCAGGUUUAAAAUCAGAUCUUAUGACUUUGUGGCUGUGCCAGCUAGUGACCGCUCUAAAGAGCUGCCCCCAGAACAAGAUUCAUGACGAAAAACCUAACCUGCAUAUGAAAUCAGUCAAUAAUGUAUACCACUAAACUCUAUUACUAUGUCAUUACAAAUAUGUAACUACUAUGCUAUUACUAUGUAAUUCAGGGCAAGAUAUACAUGAGAUUUAUGGGAAAAAAUGGAACACUCCUAUAGGUCAUACAGUACGCAUAUUGCAUGAUGUACUGUAAACCUAUUGCUCCCCACCUACUGUAGAAGGUUGUACUUGCAAUGGCUGUGAUAUGUGGUUGUCUUAUCUACCUUAGUUGCUCUAAUCACUCUGGAUUAGAAUGCUAAAUGAACACAAGGCAAGUGUAAUGAAAGUAAGACAUCUUGUAACGGUAAUAGCUAGUGAUAAUCUUUGGUCUUUUAUUGAUUCCUCAGACACUGUUGCGGGAUGGGCGAAGGGAGAGCACGGUCAGCACACUCUACCUCUCUGCCUCCAACAUCGAGACAGGCCAACGGAUCACAUGUCGGGCCUCAAACAAGGCAGCGCCCAAUGGGAAAGAUGCCAUCGUUACCAUCGAUAUCCAACGUGAGUACAGCGUCCCA